AACCUACACUUUCCCAUUCCCGAGAGAUUGCCUUCAUGUCCCAACCCCCGGAAAGCUUCCUCAUGUCCUUUUGAUGAGGAUUUGCUUCUCCCUUUCUAUAUAUAAAGAGAGAGAGUUUUACUUCACUUUCCAAGCAUCUUUAUAGCACUUUGAGAUGGAGGCUAAAGGCUACACACUGGACGGCACCGUCGACCUCCAAGGCCAGCCCGUGCUUGCUGUCAAGACCGGCAAAUGGAGAGCUUGUGCUUUUCUCGUUGGAUAUGAAGCUUUUGAAAGAAUGGCUUUUUACGGAAUAGCUUCAAAUUUGGUGGUGUAUUUGACAACCCAAUUGCAUGAAGAUACCGUUUCGUCUGUAAGAAACGUUAACAACUGGUCAGGAUCAGUGUGGAUCACUCCAAUUCUCGGUGCCUAUAUUGCUGACUCUUACUUGGGUCGAUUCUGGACCUUUACGAUUUCUUCCUUGAUAUAUAUCAUAGGAAUGGUCCUAUUGACGAUGGCGGUAUCGAUCAAAUUCUUGAAGCCCAGUUGCGAAAAUGGAGUAUGCAGCAAGGCCACCUCCACACAGAUUGCAUUUUUCUACACAUCUCUGUACAUAAUAGCCAUAGGGGCUGGCGGGACAAAGCCCAACAUUUCCACAUUUGGUGCAGACCAAUUUGAUGACCUAAAUCCCCAUGAGAAGAAGCUCAAGGCCUCUUUCUUCAAUUGGUGGAUGUUCAGUGCCUUCACCGGUGCACUAUUCGCCACACUUGGCCUUGUUUACAUCCAAGAGAACUUGGGAUGGGGAUUGGGGUAUGGAAUCCCAACUGUUGGCCUUAUACUGUCGAUUAUCAUUUUCUACGUCGGCACCCCAUUGUACCGGCACAAGGUGAGGAGGACUAGGCAUCCUGCCGGUGACCUUUUCAGGGUCAUCGUUACGGCCUUUGCCAAUGCGAAGCUUAUGCUGCCCAGCCAUCCGUCCGAGCUUCAUGAGUUGGACCAGCAAUAUUACAUCACUACAAGAAAACGUCGAGUCCUCCACACUCCGGUGUUCAGGUUCUUGGACAAGGCAGCAAUCAAGCAAGAAACCGGUAGUGUCAGUCCCUCAAGGAAACCAUGCACAAUUACUCAAGUGGAAGGGACAAAACUAGUCCUCGGCAUGGCCAUGAUAUGGCUAGUAACCCUCAUUCCCAGCACCAUCUGGGCUCAAAUCAACACUCUAUUCGUCAAACAGGGCAUCACCCUCGACCGCCACUUCGGCUCAAACUUCCAAAUCCCGGCAGCCUCGCUAAGCAGCUUCAUCACACUCUCCAUGCUGGUAGCCGUCCCUCUCUACGACCGCUACUUCGUCCCCUUCAUGCACAAGAAAACCGGCAACCCUAGAGGAAUCACCUUGCUGCAACGGCUCGGAAUCGGGUUCUUUAUCCAAAUACUAGCCAUUGCAAUCGCGUACGCAGUUGAAGUCAAGAGAAUGCAUGUCAUCAAAGUGCACCAGAUCAAGAGCCCGGAAGAAAUAGUCCCGAUGAGCAUCUUCAAUCUUCUGCCUCAAUACGUGCUUCUAGGCGUUGCCGAUGUGUUCAACGCCAUCGGCCUGCUGGAGUUCUUCUACGAUCAGUCACCAGAGGAGAUGCAGAGCCUCGGGACGACGUUUUUCACUAGCGGGAUCGGUGUGGGGAACUUCUUGAACAGCUUUCUUGUGACGGUGGUCGAUAAGAUGACUGGGAGGAAUGGGGGGAAGAGUUGGAUAGGAAAAAAUGUGAAUAAUUCACAUCUGGACUACUAUUAUGGUUUCCUUCUGAUACUGUCAACUCUUAACAUGGGAGCUUUUGUGUUGGCGGCUAAGAAGUAUGUGUAUAAAGUAGAAUCAUCAGAUGAGAUCAAAGAGGGAUCAUGUGUUCAAAUGGAGGGCAAAGCCUUGGACUUGUCCCCUUUGAGCUUGCAAGUUUGAUCUAAUUAGCAUUUAGAUCAUCUUUAUAUAAUAAUUAUAAAUUAAAUGUAUGUAAUUUUUAAAUUUUUGUA